AUGUACACAUGGUAUACCGAGGCCGCGAUCUGUCAUGCAUACUUGGCCGACGUGUCUUCGAGCGAUCCUCCGGAGCUUCGACGAGAUAAGUUUUACAACAAUCGUUGGUUCACCAGAGGCUGGACGCUGCAGGAACUGCUGGCGCCGAAACAACUCAUAUUUUACUCCACUGAUCAGAUCUCACUCGGCAACAAGAGAUCGUUGGCAGAGCCGUUAUCUGGCAUCACAGGGAUCGAUGCGGCCAUCUUACGAGGUGAACGGCGUCUGGAGACCGCGAGUGUCGCGAAGCGAAUGUCCUGGGCAGCCCAGCGCAAGACAAGUAGGCCUGAAGAUCAAGCUUACUCUCUCAUGGGGCUCUUCAACGUCAAUAUGCCAAUGCUUCAUGGCGAGGGUGGCGAGAAAGCUUUUCUUCGCCUGCAGGAAGAGAUAAUGAAGCUUUCCGAUGAUCAGUCCAUCUUUGCUUGGGUAACGCCACAUAGCAAGGAUAACGACGAAAGGAGCAAGGCUGGGACAGGCGCGAGUCCUACCCCCGGAAAGGCCUUUGCUCAGGCAGGUGACUACCGUACAUAUCGCGCUUUCGAGGAACAAAGUCCUUUCGACAUGUCAAACAGAGGACUUGGCAUCAGCCUCCAUCUGACACCAGUCACACCGGGGGUUUACAUUGCAGCGCUCAACUGUCCAGUCCCAUCAACACUUGAUGGAUUCCUCGGUAUAUUUGUGAAGAAGCUGGAGACCGGGGCCAAACAGUACGCAAGGAUACGCAGUGAUCAGCUCGCCUCGCUACACGUAAGAGGGCGCCUCGAGCAGAUCUUUGUUCGAGCUUCUGUUCCCGAAUUGGAUGCGUGGUCUGAUGCGAUGCCAACCCACCUCUUUCACAUCUCAAAGAUGGGUUCCCUCGGGGAAGCAAAGCUGUCUUACGAGAUGAUCGACGUGCUGGCUGCGCCAUUCGAUAAGGACGAGAUGGAAGCUUAUCACAAUCUCAACAUUCGAAAGCACCCACGAGUACCAGCUACAAAGCCCGGGACCUUCAAGAUGAUCAAAGGUGACGGCCGUAUCACAGCCGCCCUCCUACUCGGCCGUUCUGUUGACGAUGAACGCUUCGCCCACUUGAUUGGAGCCGGUAAGGACUUUGAGGUUGGCUUCGACGUGGUCGAAUGCGACGAGCUCACACCGCUCGAAGCUUUUGAGGACCGAUUCGAGCCUAGGGCGAUGGGCAGGACUCUGAGUCUGCGGUAUCACAAUGUCAAUGUGAGAGCUGAGACGCUGGUGAAAUCCAACGUCAAGGUAUACAACUUCGCCAUAUACAUCGAAGGUAUCGAGAAGACGCAGACAGAGGCCAUUACUGAAGGAAUAGCCAAUUUUGUUGGGGUGUCGAAGAAGACGAGGCUGAGCAAGAUUAAGCAGCUAUUCUGA